UCACUUUCAAGAUUGUACAGAAUAUUUUUUUUCUGAGAUGGAUGUAACACAUUUAUCACUGUCAUUUAUUUAAGUUUAUUUGCAUUUUCUUAUUAAAGCCCUUUAUUGUCUGCAGCAUGGCAAGAUUCAGAGGACACGAGGAUGUACCUGACAUGAAACCGCUUCUACUGAAUCGUGAAGAUGAGAACACAGAUUGCCAUGAAACAGUCUCACAUAAAGCAACACAAUCCAGAGACAACAUUAAAUCAUUUAGAUUUAUGGUGCUUGGAUGUGAUGAUGAUCUUAUGAAUGAAGCUUGUGCUGACAUCCUUAGGUUACCACAAGAAGAGAAUGACAGAAAUAUUUCAGCAUGUGUGGUUAAGGAGGGUGAGGUUGGUGGACGACAGAUCUCUGUGGUAAAAACUCCAUCCUAUUGGCUGGAACACUUGAGGUCAAAAGUGUUUUUCAGAAAUGGAGUCAAAUCUAUUAGAAAUGACAUGGAGUUUUGUGAAUCUCUGCACUUUCCUGGACCUCAUGCUUUUCUUCUGGUGCUUGGUGACGUCAAAAACUCUGGUAAAGAGCAUCUGCUUUUACAAGCUCUGAGUAAUGUCUAUGGAGAGGAUGCUUUAGACUACACUAUGGUGAUAUUUAUGCGUAAUAAUGAGAGAUGUGACAUUCUAAAGAGCCGCUGUGUCAAGAGGUGCAGGGGGAGAUAUCACAUUUUAGAGGACAAUGAAAACAGUGUUUUAAAUCUAUUGGCAGAGAUUGAGGUAAUGACACAAUGGAAACAAAAUAGCUAUUUCACAAAACAUUUAGAGUUACUGCAAAAAGCAAAAAAAUACUUUCAGAAAGAAUGUGAACCGUGUGAACAAUGGAAAGGAGAAUUAGAGCGCAUCAAUUUAACAGUGAAAGAGAAAAGCAAUGAAAUUACAGAAUUACAGAAAAAACACAGUGAUGAUCUACAUAAAGUAAUACGUGAAUUCAAAGUCAGUGAGAAUCAGCUUAGAAAAGAUUUGAAUCAGCUUGUAAAAGAUUUGAAAGAUUCACAAGUUAGAGAGAAUCAGUUAAGAAAAGAUUUGGAUGAUUCAAACUUCAGAGAGAAUCAGCUUAGAAAAGAUUUGGAUGAUUCAAAUGCCAGAGAGAAUCAGGUAAGAAAGGAUUUGGAUGAUUCAAAAGUCAGAGAAAAUCAGCUUGGAAAAGAUUUGGAUGAUUUAAAAGUCAGAGAGAAUCAGUUAAGAAACUAUUUGGAUUAUUCAAACUUCAGAGAGAAUCAGUUAAGAAAAGAUUUGGAUGAUUCAAAAGUCAGACAGAAUCAGCUAAAGGCUGACAAUAAGAAACUUAAAAGAGAAAUAGAGUUACUCAAAGAAAAAGAAAUGUGUGAGAGACAAAGAGAUGUGGAUAAAAGAAAGACUGAACUGGAGAUGAGAGAGAAAGAAUCUGCCCCGUCCAGUGAAUCAGAACCUGAGCGGUACAGCAGCACAGCAGUUCCUCCUCCUGCUGGUAAAUAUUUUCACCACUUAUCUUUACUUUUUACAAUUAAAUCUAUAUAUGAUGUCUGUCUGGAAAGUAUGCCGCCAAUUGUUAAUAAUGAGAAUGGUUUGCGUGACAUUUAUAUAACUUGGCAGUUAGUAAGAGUGGACUGGAAGGUGCCUACUUUGAAGGGGAUUGAGGCAUUCAUUGGCUAUGUCCAAAAUAUCCCCCUAUACCAUAUUUCUUACAUUAGUUCACUAAUAUAGUCCACUUAUGAGUGAAUUCGCACACUAUCUGCCAGAAGCGUUGCCGGGGGCUAUCUUGUGUGGAGAGGAAUUCAUUUGGCACGCUCCUCACCGUGAAGGGGUAACAGCUAGCCGUUGAGUGUACGUCGGUGCAUUGUGAGAUUGAAUAAGUGCACUAAAGAAUGUCCACUAUAAUUUAGGACACCACUACAAAAUGCCAGCCCCUUCAAAUAAUGCACUAUUUAUGGGUAUAGGGAGCUAUUUUGGACAGCCAUUUUCCUUAUGUUUCUAUUUUUUAACAUGGCUGGAUAAUUUCCAGUCAGCCCUCAUAUAUUUGUUUAGGCCUACCAGUGUUGCCAGGUUUUCGGUUUUCCCGCACAAUUGGGCUAUUUUGAAAAUACAGUUGCGGGAAAAAUUUCGGAGACGCGGGUUGCGGUUUUUUGGGCUAGUUUUAUAAUGUGCGGCGGCCACAAAAAUAUUUAUCUGUAGACUUAUAAAACGAAUGUUCUUUAUUUUCCUAAUGUGCAUUAAUCCCAUAAGAAAUACCUGUCAACCCAAGGACAGCUGCAGCGUCUGGAAGUCAGUGGAAAAGUGAGUGGAGGGGCACGUUUUGCUCUUAAUAUCACAUUAGAAACAAGAAAUUACCUUACGUAAGAAGUUACGUCUAUACUGAGAGGAUAUUUACACACUAUGUGAACCCAUCUUUGUAUGAUAUUUUCAAGUUAAAUAGAACAUUUUAAAUACAUAGAUAGUAUGUUAAAAGCGCAGAGUUCAUACUGUCUCAAAAUGGCCCGAUUGGGUACAUUUAACAUUAAGAUAAUCUUAAGAAGUACUAAAGUAGAAUUUUUUUGUUUAGAACAGAAUAGUGUGUGAAAAUAGAGCACUUUAUGUGCAUUAAGAAAAUGUUCAUCUGCAUGGAAAGUACAUUGAAAGCAAUAGUAAGAGUUUAUUUUAGAGCCUUUGUUGUAAUCCCAGAGUUUUCAACUGUGAUUGGACAAAUGUAAAAAUUGGGCUAGUUUUCAUUCCUUUUGGGCGGGUUUUAAGUUGUCAUUGGGCUGGAAAUUUUUCUUGGACCUGGCAACCCUGAGGCCUACCUACAGAGGAUUUUACAUUUAAAUGCCCAGUGUUCUUGCUAUAAGAAACACUAUAGAUUACAUUUUGAUAUGUUUUAUGAUGUCUAGACAAGACCAGACCUGCAGAUGAAGGAGACAGCGCAGAAGGCAGAGAUGAAGCUUCACAAGCCUCAGGAUCAGAUGUGACCAAAGGAUUAAAACCUGUGAAACGAAACAGCAUGCCAUAUGAGCAAC